UCCCCUGGUCCAGCUGACCUGUUGCCCGUGCUCGCCCGAGGCCAGCGAUGCCCGCGGCUAAUGGCUACUUUCUGCGGAGACCUCUGGACCUGGAGAUGUACCCGGACUCCGAUCCUGAAUCUGAAGACCUGUUUGACAAGCCUCCCCGAGAACAGUUCCGGGCUGCCCGAGGGCCCAGGUCGUCGGCUGGGGGCAAGAAACCUGGUCGGCGCGGAGGGAGGGCACAGGGGGCCCGUGUCUGGCAGACCCUGAAAGUGAUCCCGCGUGCCCCCCGAAAGGAGAAGGAGCCCCCACAGGAGGAGGGCUGCUAUCUCGACCAUUUCCCUCACCUCUCCAUAUUCAUUUACGCAGCCCUUGCGUUCUCCAUCACCUCUUGCAUCUUCACCUACCUCCAUUUACAGCUUUCCUAAGUAG